GCUGCUGCAUUGAUCUGCAUAAAGAACGCUCGUUGCUGAUAUAAAGGAGAAGCAAAUAAAAACUGUGAUCCCCUCUCUCUUCUUUUCUUUCUUCGCUCCCUCUUUCUUCUUCCUUGAUUUCUCCUCAAAGUCGAUUCUUUCCGUUCAAAUGGCAUGUCUUAGGCGCCACCACCAUCGCCAACGCUCCUUACUUGAGCGGCUCCCUUCUGAAAUCCUGUGGCAUAUUUUUUCAUUUGCAUCACCACGAGAACGCUGUGCAGCACGCACAGUAUCCAGGCAGCUUUACAGAAUCUGCAGCCAUCCUAAAUUCUGGCAGUCUGUCGCCCUGACACACGCGUCACUCUGGCAAUUGGACGAGCUACGCCACAUCCUCACACCCCAUCUCCAGCACAUCCGAUCUCUCUCUGUCCAAGGCGUCCGCGAUGAAACACUGCGCUUCCUGCUGAACCACUGUCCAAAUCUCCAAGAACUAAGCGUUCAUCGAUGGCGGACGCUGUCUGACCACGCACUCCAAUUGGACAAGGAGCAUUUGGGACUCCGGUCCUUUGCGCUGCAUGGCGACAACACACCGUACACCGCCAUUGAUGCCAAUUCGCUUGCCCAGCUUUUGCUCCGACUGCCCAAUCUGCAAAUCCUUGCCAUGGUCGCACACGCGCAUGUGCACAUACCAACGUUGCUCAAAGCCAUCCAAAAGAAACCGCCACUUGCCCUCCGUGCCAUCACGCUGCCGGUCUACCAUCACGAACAGCAGUACGACGGCGUGGCCAUCUCCAGUCAGUACGGCGAGCAGCUCCUCGAAACGUGUCCGCGCCUCGAGCAGGUGUUCUUUGUGCCCAAUAUGGGGGUCUACUAUCAUUCUGACAGCAGCAAACUUAAUCCUGUGCUUGUGCACCACCGACGCAUUUUAAUAGAAGAAGAGCAAUCACGUGCAUAGACAUAAUCAUCCAUUCAUAAUACCACCCACAUACCAUACAUAUACUACUACACUGCAUCCGCGAUUGGCAUUGCUGCUCUCGGAUAUAAACAUAAAUGACAUAAUAAAAGACGAAACUGUCAUCAUUGAAAAGUCAUAUCAGGGGUGGGAUGGGAGCGACUAGUGAGCGCAGGGAGGGAUGAUGCAAUCCUU